AUGUCUUACAAAUUCAUUUUAAGCAAUAAGAAUCAGUAUUCUAAGGAUCGCAAUGUUAAUAUAGAUUAUAGUCCUGUUUUUAAUAUGUAUAAAGAAUAAAUUAUAAUAAUUUAGAUAGUUGUAAUAAAAAUUGAAUAUAUUUCCAAUUUUCAAUGAUGAUCAUUAAUUUACAACUCCUGGAUUUAUUAUUGAAUAUGAGAAAGUAUAAAUAAUUUAUAUAUUAAAUUUAGCCUGCAUAUGAAAGCAAUUUAAACUAUCAUUAACAAUUAUUUAAUCAAAAAAUUGAAUAAAUAAAAAUAAAAAAUAAAUAAUUGGUAUAAAUCAUAAUGAUUAUUUUAGUUGAUUCCAAAACCAAAACAUCGAGUUUAGAUUUGCUCAGUUUGUAAGACUAAAUAUACAGAUUACUUAACUGUAUUAAUAAAGAAAUUAAAUUAAUUAGCAUACUUAAUCAAAUUUACAUAAAAAGUUGUUCUUAGCAUCACCAUAUAUUAAGAAAAUUGAGAAAAUUUAAAAUGAUUUGAACUAAUAAUUAUCAAAUUAUAAUUCUUAAUCAACAGAUACAGAAGAUGCUUCAUUAUUAGAAUAAAGUAAUAGAAAGAAAAUUAAAAUGGAUAUAUCCUAAAUGAUUUCAAAUUACUGA